AUGGCUGUCGCUCUUCCCAGGCGAUUCUAUUCGCUGCUCUGGGUCGCAAUCCUCCUUGCCGUCGUCGUUUUCUUCAUCUUCCUCCGCGAAGACACUUGGUCAUCUAUUCCUCGACCUCCCAGCGGCUGGAAGAUCCCUUUCACCACCGACGAUGGCGUGCUCUCUUCCUGGAUGGGCAGCAGCAAGAAGAAGGGUAAGGACCCCAACGAGCCUCUGCGCAUUGUGCUUGUAGAGUCCUCCGGCACCCACGACGAGGUCGCCGCUGCUCUCAUGCACGCCUUUGGCAACCAGAAGGGCUCCCAACUCGACAUCUACUUCGCCAACCAGCGCUUCAACAUGCAGGAGAUCAUGUCCAACUUCAGCCUCGCCGCCAAUGUCACCAUCAACAAGUGGGACAAGUUCGCCAGCGCCGUCACCGAGAACCCUCCUCACAUUCUCGUAUCCACGACCUGCGAGUUUGAUCUCGACCGUGGCGCCGAGCCCAUUGUUAACCUCCUCAAGAAAGCAAACACCCAUCUGUUCUGCACCAUCCACCACGCCGAUCGCUGGGCCACCGGCAAGUAUGUCCAGGCUGUCCGAAGCUUUGCAGAGCACGAGCGCGUCGAUUUCGUUGGUCUGAGCCAGCACACUGUCGACUUCUUCCUCAACGACACCAUCCCCAAGUGGCACACGGCCGCCAACCUCACCACCCGAGUCAUCCCCCCGGUCUUUCCUGUUCAGAUGACCGACCCUGAUCUUCAGCCUGGCAUUUCUCUGUCUCUGCAGGGCGAUUACUCUUCUGGUCGACGUGACUACAACGGUAUCUUCAACCACCUUGGCAGUGUCAUCCGCAAGGCCGGCGAAGAGUCUGAGGGUCAUAAGUCUCAGAAUGUCAGCCUGCACGUUAUCGGACACGGUACUCCUCCCCCGGUUCCCGAUCAUGUCAAGGACCACGUCUACUUCGACCAGGGCCUCUCAUACCCCGACUUCUACACGCUGAUGUCAAAGUCCUUCUCCGUCCUUCCCGCGUUUGCUUCGGACACCUACUUUGACCGCAAGGCUUCUUCCACCAUCCCUGCCUCUCUGAUCGCCGGUGCCCCUAUCGUUGCGACAGAAGAGCUCCUCAAGGCCUACUCCUACCUGCCCAGGGAAGCCGCCUGGGUCGCCCGACCCGGUGAGGGUGAGAUGGACGUUAUCGAGCGAGUUAUCGAUGACCGAGAGGGUUUCCUCAAGCGAAGACAAGCUGUGAGAGAUCUGGCCGCGUCUCUGCUGGAACAGAACCAGGCCAACACCAAGGCCUGGAUCGAGGAGGCCUUCGAAAAGUAUAACGCCAAAUAA